AAUCGAUCAAGCUAUUUUUAACAAACUAGCUUAGACUUAGAUUUUAUUAUUAUUAUUUUAGGGAUGUGUACAGUUUUCAUGUUUGCAAUACAGUUGUUUAUUAAACAAAUAUUGCAUUAUUUUAACAUAAAAAUGCAUUUACUUAGUGUGUAAUUGAAGUGUAAUUGCGAUUUGUAACACAAAGUUCGUGUAACGCCACGCCUUCAGCGUCACUGUGGAUUGUUGAUUUAAACAUGUCUCCAUUUUUCUAUAGUCUUGACUACAGAGGAGUACACAUUUUACUAUCACUUGUUCAAGCAUAAAGUUUUUUUUUUUAAUGCUUUAAGUUUUAUGCUACCGAUUUCGAUUAUUUGUAACUUUAAUUGAGUAAAAAUGAAGGUACUUCUUGUUGUGUCACUGUUUUCUUUGAGUCUGGCUUAUGAUAAAGCAUCUUUCUAUGGAGCCAGUUAUAUAGCAUAUCCUCUCCAAGAAGCCAAAGGAGCCACAGACAUUAGCUUCAAAUUCCGCACCCAUUUGUCAGAUGCUUUACUUAUUCUUGCUGCUGGGAAAACUGAUUACUGUAUGAUUCGUCUGGAGAGUGGCCGUUUAAAGCUUCACAUAAACCUUGGUGCUGGUGAAAGUGAACUGUCAUCACCUAAAGGGAUUCAUUUAAAUGAUACCCAGUGGCAUCAUGUCAGUAUCAUCAGACGGGAAGCAAAUCUCACAAUGAAGAUUGAUGAAAGCACAGUGAAGAAACGACUUCCUGGACGGUUUUUUGAGCUAAACAUACACUUUGGAAUAUUUCUUGGUGGACAAGGAGACUUCUCUGAAUUGUUUCUUGGCCAUAUGGAAAAUUUUCGUGGCUGCAUAGAAGAUGUUUACUAUAAUGGAGUUAAAAUUAUUGAGAAAGCUCGAAGCCGCAGUGGUUCAGUGCAUGUGGAAGGAGUCACUUGGAACUGUGCUCCGGAGUUUGACGCCGACCUAAACUCCGACAUAAGUUUCGUUGAUGAAGGCGCUUAUUUAAUUUUACCAAGGAUUAAUUCAAGAGCUGGUGGGCGUUGGCAGAUAGAGUUCAAAACAACAACCCCAAAUGCUAUAAUCCUGUAUAAUUAUGGUGGAGGGCGUGGUUCAGACUUCUUGGCAGUUGAGAUCUUAGAAGGAGUGGUUCGUGUUAAAAUGGCUAAGGGACAGAUAAUACACACAGUCAGAGUUAAUGAUGGCCAGUGGCAUAAAAUACAUUUGCUCUUUAACCCAUCUCUAAUAGAGCUAUCAGUGGACAAUAUAGCGAUGAGUACUCGCAUAGAGAGUGGGGGUAUGCGGUAUCUGGAUCUAUCCGACUCUUUCUAUCUGGGAGGGAUAGAGAGUGAGAAACGACAGCGCGCUUUUGCUAAAGGCAUCAAGGCUGCCGAUUCAAGUAUAAUGGGUUGCAUCAAGCCGAUAGAAGUGGAUGAUAAAUUGUAUGGACUACCGAAUGCAGUGGUGACUUAUGGUGUUAGCCCUAAAUGUGUAUGGUGGUACCCAUGCCACGCAAACCCAGCCAACCCCCCAUGUCUGCCCAACGCUGUCUGCGAACAGCACGGCCUUGACCAUUUUACAUGCAAAUGUGACUCUGAACUUUGUAUAAACCCGGAUUACGCUGAAAAGUAUAAGGUGUUUUCUAAAUCGAGUAGUGAACUGGAAUUAGUUUCCUUGUAUCCGCUGACAGUACAAGAGGGUGGGGUGGCGGUUAUAACAACACAGAAUAUAGAUGUGGUACUUGACCAUCAUAAGUAUGGAGUACGCCCAUCCGGUGUUGUGCUGCACGUUGCUCAAUCUCCGAUGCAUGGACGAAUCGCAGUUGAUCUAUCACUACAGAGAAAUCUACCACAGUAUGCGAAUUACAUCGAUGCUGAAGGGAAAUCUAAACAAUUCUUUACACUCAUGGAUUUGUCCAGGGAUAAGGUGCGAUAUGUGCACGACGGCUCCGAGAAUCAUCAGGACGCGAUAGUUGUGGACAUGGAGCUGGUACCGGAAGCGCGCUUCACGCUACCCAACUACCUACAGGGUCGGCACGCGUUUGCAUUACACGUUAAUGUCACUCCGGUUAAUGACGCGCCGGUACUGAACCUGCCGCCGGGAAAAGUGUUACGACUCACACAGGGUACACGUAAAGUUAUAACAUCGGAUUUACUAAAAGCGGAAGAUCCUGACACUGCACCUGAGGAUUUACUGUACACUGUACUGCACGGCAGGAAUGAGCCAACCAGCGGUCACAUAGAAAUGUCAGGUCAGCCCGUGGAUUCAUUCACACAGCACGAUAUUGACGCGGGCGUUGUAUCCUACGUGCAUGGCUCUAGUGGGGAUAAGCAGUUGAACAAAACAUCCCUGAGAUUGACGUUACAGGUAUCUGACGGUAUAGAAACCAGUGGUGCAAGUGUUUUGCGUAUAUCUAUCGUGCCUUUACAAGUGCGUUUAGUAAACAACACUGGUCUUCAACUAGUGCAUAAUUCAUAUGCAAUAAUAACUGCUGACAAUCUCACAUUUACCACAAACGCUGAAGAAAGCAAUGCACAAGUUCGUUAUGACAUAGUAAAGCCGCCUCAGUUCGGCGUAGUGGAGAGAUUGCGAGUGUUGGACGGCACUUGGCAGACUGUGGACUCAUUUACAAGUGAAAUGAUCAACUUUGCUCGAGUGCGCUACAUGCAUCUAUUAGGCAAUCCCUCACAUGAUGAGUUCAAGUUUAAAGCGUCAGUGGGUGCGAUACGAACGAAUAUUCUGUACGAUUUUCGAUUGACCUUCAUCAAACUUGAACUGUACCAAUCUACGAAUGAAGAGUUGGUAUUAAAUAACACGAGGGAAGCGUUCAUAUCGCCGUUGCAUUUACGAUUUCAAACGAGACCUAUCUCUCUAUCGGCCGAUAGGAUCUUAUAUACUAUACUAAAGCCUCCGAAGUACGGCAUCCUACAUCUGUCGUCGGGCAAACAUCAUCUACAAAUGUAUGGCACUUUCACCCAACAGGAUAUAGAUACAGACCAAUUAUGGUACAGAUUACAUAGACGGGCGUACUCACAUAUACAUGAUGAGUUUUCAUUCGUCGUGGGUGCUAAUGAAUGUGAAAACGUCACUGGAGUGAUGACAGUUCGACAUACACCAAAUUACAUUACAACCGAACACUCUCAAGGCAGACUACAUACUACGUUAGAAAGGUUACAAGUCAUGGAAGGUUCCAGAAUGACAAUCCCGGCAAGCCAUCUCAACUUCCGUACUGAUACAGUAACAAAUUUACUAUUCAAUAUUACCCAUGUACCUAGACACGGCAAAAUCGAAGUUAUCAAUGAUAAUCUUAAAGUAAUUCGAGAUAAUACGACAUAUUUUACUCUACAAGAACUUAAUUCAGACCGUGUGUAUUAUUCGCACGAUGACUCCGAGAGUAGACACGAUUCUUUCCAUUUUAUGGCUUUGAGUCCUGAACCUGAAGAUUUUCAAUACGUCGGUGUGUUCCAUAUUGAUAUUAUACUAAAGAAUGAUAACAGUCCUGUCCGUGUUAAAGAGAAUAUCUUCCAUAUAGUGCACGGCGGCGCGAGACUUAUAACGGCGAGAGAUUUAAGUUACACCGAUGCCGAUUUAGACACGAGACCGUCAGAUAUCAUUUAUACGGUGCAAAGAUUUACAAAAGACCCACCUAACGGUGGGAUAUUCCGAGCUGACAAUCCUUCAGAACAAAUCGCUCAAUUUUCACAAGAUGAUAUUAAUAAAAACUUAAUAUUGUUCAAACAUCAAGGCAAGGAGUACGGUAAGAUGGCUUUCUGGAUAUCGGAUGGUUUGUUCGAUGUGAAUGGUAACUUGGAGAUACAAGCGUCGCCACCUUUUAUAAGAAUGUAUUCUACUAACGGAUCUAUUGUUGAAAAUGGCAAAGCUGUUGUUAUUACCGCCAGAGAUAUGCAGGUGGAUACAAAUAUGAAUUGCCUAGAAGAAGAUAUACGAUACGAGGUAACUCAGGAGCCGAAGCACGGUACUAUGGAAGUGGGAGAAGGUGUGGGCGCGUCUAUCUUCACGCAGCUAGAUGUGGUAGCCGGCAGAGUCGCCUACAGACAUACGCAGCCUAAUGUACCGAGUGAUUGUUUCCGUUUUAAAGUGAUGUGUUUGGACACCUGGGGCGAAGGCACAUAUCCUAUUAAAAUAUUCCCAUCCAGUUAUUGGGAACCUUUACGAGUUACGACCAAUAAACCACUGAUUGUGGAGGAAUCAACUAGUGUUAAUAUAACUAAGGAAGUUCUAGAGGUGAUGCAUCCUCAAAUAGAGCCAUCAAAUAUAAUAUAUCAAGUAACUGCCGGCCCUUAUUACGGUUGGCUCGAAAUUAUAUCAACCCCAGGUGUUGAACUAGAGAAUUACAACGAAGAGCCCGUACAUACUCGAGUAUUUGAUCAAUCUAUAAUAAAUGUUAACAGACUAACAUAUGUACAAUCUGGUGUAAAUCGUACAAGAGAUAGAAUCAAAAUGGAUGUAACUAACGGAAUAGUAUGGCUCAGAGGAGUAGAAUUAACAAUAAUUAUUAUACCUGAACAUUUUUAUGCAAAAGCCAUAAAUUUAACUGUAGUAGAAGGUGCAGCGGUUAGUUUAAGACCAGAUCUGUUUAAAACAAUAACAGAAUAUUAUCGAGGGAAAGUUGUCUCUUAUAAAGUGAUAGAGAAACCAAAGUAUGGAAAGAUUGUUAUGGGCGAUCAAGAUAUUGGGCUGUUGCCGGUUUUGAAAUUGAAUUCUGGUAAUAUUCAGUAUAUAAAUGACGGUUCAGAAGAGUCGACGGAUGUGAUUCGUUUCGUCGCAUUGACCGAAGGGGGCAAGGAAAGCGAGCCGUUUUACUUGUAUGUGAACAUAGCUCCUGUGAACGACGAGACUCCGAUAGUGGCCGCUAACACCGGACUCUGUGUAUGGGAAGGGGGCACUUUUACCUUCACUAGGAAUGAACUAUAUGUGAACGACAUUGAUACACCGCUAGAGAACGUAACGAUCCGUGUUGUGGAUAUACUGUCGGGGUACAUCGCACUUAAACACGACCUCGACAGUCCCCGGCACAGCUUCACACAAGCAGACAUCGACAAGGGAUUAGUCGUCUUCGUACACACAAAUGGUACAAAAGGCAAAAUGAUAUUCAACGUCACCGAUGGUCUCCACGAACUGUCCAAGAUCACAUUCCUCAUAUCAACCAAGUCUGUCUCACUCAAGAUUGUGCGGAAACAUAACCUGAAGGUGUUCCCACUCAUGCGGGAGCCGCUCAAUAAUUACUUCCUUAUGGCCAAGUGCUCCGAUCCCACCAGAACUAUCACAUACAAAGUGAUCCGAGCACCCAACCUCGGUAGACUUGUCAUGCUCACUGGCGACAACCAUCACAGAUCCAUCAAAGUAUUCACACAAGAAGAUAUCAACAAUACUUUAGUAUAUUACGAACACACGCAUCCCUUCUCCGAUCUUUACACCAAUGAUUCCUUCGUGUUCAGUAUAGAAGCUGAGCUCGCGAAAUCAAUAACCGAGCAAAUAUUCAAUAUAGACAUAUCAGUGUCUUCCGGUGGACUUGCCAAAUACGUGAACAUACCGCAAAUAAAAGUGCAAGAAGGAGAGAAAGUGCCCAUCGUUGUGAAUGUAUCUAAUGUGAUAAGUUAUUUGGAGAGUCAGGCAGGAGUGAGACAGCCUCAAGUUGAAGCUCAGUGGUCACAGCCAGCGCACGGUAGACUGAAUCCUUCCAUAUCUUCCCUCACGCAAGUUCAAAUGGAGACUGGGGUCGUUAACUACGAACACGACGGCUCUGAUACUUUAGAGGACAAAAUAGACAUGUCUUUAUACCUACUACCUGAUUAUGUCCUCCUCUGCAACGUCACCAUACAUUUUACAAUAGUACCCGUCAACGAUCAACCCUUCAGACUUUUGACAGACACCCCGCAAAUACAAGUUGUCCAAGGAGAAAAUUAUACGAUAACCAAAAACGAUCUGUCGACCGAAGACGCAGAUACGGAACCGACAGGCAUAUUGUAUGAUAUUAUUAGCGGACCAACUCAAGGCAGAAUCGUUAUGCUAGAGAAAAACCAAUCAAUGGACGACGCUCAUUCUAUAAAUAAAUUCUCUCAGGAUGAUAUAAACACCGGUCGCGUUGUUUACGAACACUCCGGUAUGCUACAAACUGCUACUUUCUACUUCAGAGUAUGGGACGGUCAAUUCAAGCCGACGUAUACCGUGUUCACUAUUGAUGUGAUACCGGUGAUUCUAAAUGCGACCUCUCUUCACCCGAUUUAUUUACAACAAGGCUCCAAUGUGGCAACAGUUACGACAGAACAAAUACACGUCGAUACUAAUGCUAAGAAGUCUAAAGUAUGGUACAACAUAACACGACAACCUCUCCAUGGAAUGAUUUAUGUCGGGAGGAGUCCAGUCACAUAUUUCUCACAUAAAGAUCUAAUGGACAAAGUGGUCAUAUACAUGCAGAAUGAUAUGACGGUUGCUAACGAUAGCUUCGAAUUAAUAGCGUAUGCGCACAAUACUAAUUCAACUUUACCCUUCGCUAUAGAGGUGAUUGUUCAGCCUCUGAUGAUACUUGGAGAAUUAAAGGUAGAUGGUCAGAAAGCUAAGCUAAGUUUGAACAGCUUAGACGCUACCGAACUAGCGAAACUGACUGCAAGCGAUCCAGUGUACACUAUCAUAAAGAAACCCAAAUACGGAACUAUUAAAAAGAUCAUCAGAUCUUCAGGAGAGAAGACCAGUGCUAGAGAAAGGGAAGUGGCAUACUUCACUCAUGAAGAUGUCAAAGCUGGCGUCAUAUACUUUGUAAUUAAGAAGAAAAUGGCCGAUUUGAAUGGAUUCGAGGAUAGUUUUCGAUUCCUUUUAGCAGCAUCGAUAUUUCAACCCGCAGCCGGCGAUGUCAAGAUAUUAAUCGGGAGUAAAUCGAAGAAAAAUUUACCCGGACCUAAUGAUCCUGAGAGUCAUGAAGGCGUUUUGGUGAGCAAUGGUGAAUCAACGUCGUAUUACAUUAUGAUAGUGAUGGCGUUAUCAGGCGUGGUGUUAGCUGUGAUAGUGAUAGCCGGUCUUAUCAAAUGCCGGCGGUACUUGUCGCGCGACAGGAACGCACUUGUGAAGAUUCACGGGCAGGGGCAGGGGCAGGGGACGGUC